AUGACGGUCAUCACCCUAACCGGAGUCAGCUUCCUGAACACCAUGGGAUCAGGUAUCCUCAUUGCUGCCCUCCCACAGAUCGCAAAAGACGUCGGGAUCUCCCAGGCCUUGAUCCUCUGGUAUGCGGCCAUCUAUGCCCUUGCAGCAGGAUGUUUGCUUCUGAUCGUCGGUGCCGUGGCUGACAUCGUCGGUCCAAAAUUGAUGUGGAUCACAGGGAGCUUCCUGUACGUCGUCUUCACGAUGGCCGUCGGACUAUCCAAGUCGAGUACGCAGAUAAUUCUGUUUCGGACGCUGCUAGGCGUUGCGAUAGCUAUGUGUCUCCCAACGGCGGUUAGUCUCAUCAUGAAUACGUUCCCGAGAGGCCCGUGGCGCAACGCUGCCUUUGCGAUGAACGGAAUGGGUCAACCUCUGGACUACGCACUGGGGUUGGUUCUCGGUGGUGUCUUUACGGGCAUAUUGGUUGGAGGUUGGCGUGCUACAUGA